UUCAGUCUGGGGGAUCCCAUUCAUGAAGUAAAAAAGUGUCCUUGGAAACCACUCUCACUCUCAGGGAGGAUCCUUUUGUAGCCUUUCGGUGCUUCAAUCCAACUGCUUUCAGUCUUUUCUGAUGAUAUCUUCGAACAAUGGAAUCAAACUCAAUUGCCACUCUGUUUCAGCAUCCAUAAUACAUCAACCACCCUGAUUUCAGUCCCCAGUAUGAAAAUAUGCUCAUAGCUCGGACAAAGAGAAAGCUUUUGGUUGGCGUGUUGGGGGGCACUCGUGGCCAUGGCAAUCGAUGUCUGCUCAGAGAUUUCAAGCCCAGGGAUCAGUCCGAGAAUCUCGUUUUCCCAUGAUCUGAACCAGCCAGAUGUUCUGUCAAACGAAGAUCAUCGUCAUCACCAGCGGUCGGACUUGAGCCUCUUGGAUUCCGGCUCCGACUUCGUCUUCUGCAUUGGCAACAGCUUUGCGCAAGAACUGUCUCCGGCCGAUGAGCUUUUCUCCAACGGCAAGAUCCGCGCGAAAGAAAUCAAGCAAAACUCGAUUUGCCCAGAUAAAAUACGCCAAUCUGAGCCUGUUUCUUCUCGUUCCCGGCCUUCUUGUACUGGAAACACAGAAAAGAAACAGCUCAAAGAGUUCUUGUCCCACAGUUUUGACGUAGAAGAAAAGCCUCCAUCAAAAUCUUUCUGGCAGUUCAAGCGAAGUAACAGCCUCAACUGCGAUAGUUCUCGAAGCCGAAGCUUAAUCCGCCCAUUGCAGUUCUUAUCGAGAAGCAAUUCAACCGGUUCAGCUCCGAAUGCCAAACCAGCAACACUUUCAAAGGAAACCCAAAAGCCGCAUUUGCAGAAACAACCGUCGGUAUCAAGCAGAAAGUCAUCAUCGGGAACAUGUUCGAGCACGUAUUAUUUCUAUAGUUCGUCGCAGAAGCCGUGGCCCAACAAGAACAGUGGAUCUUACGGCAGUGGGGUUCGAAUCAGUCCUGUUUUGAACCUUCCACCACCAUACAUUUCUAAAGUAACAGUAAGUUUUUUCGGGUUUGGAUCUCUGUUCUGUAAUGGUAAGGUUAAAAGGAAGAAGAAAUGAUGUUUCAGCUUCUUCCCUGGCCCUCACGUUCAAGAACAAAUGGAUUUAGCUGUCAAUCAUUCCGUUUCAAGAACCAACAUGCAUGUGAUCAAAGACUCUGUAAAUUGAAAACAAUAUUUUUUUUUACCAGAAAGAUAAAAAAAGAAAAAGAAAAAACAGUGUUGUUGAAAUAUACAUGGGGCAGUAAUUUUUAUUAUUGGUUCUUUGUCAUCACCAUCAAGAUGUCAUGGGCAAGGGAGACAGAUAAACAAGGUUCCCAUCUUUUGUGGCUCUUCUCCCCGUUCCCAUGGGUUCUCUCUCUUUUUUUUAUCUAUCUUCUGAAUCCUCUCACACUUGUUCAAUGUGGGGGUCUUUUGAUCUUUUGGACUUUGAUUGAGGACUUCUUUUGGUGUUUUCUUUUGUAUGGUAGAUUUGGAAUCCUUUAAUCUUGGUUUUUUUUUUCUUUUUCAAGUGGGACAAAAACAGUUGCUUAAAA